UUCACGCAUGCGUCAAUUGUCAUCGUUGUGUUGUGUGUUAGUGUUAACACGUCUAUAGUGCAAUUCACUUCUAAUUUUAAUAAUUUUUAUAAAUUUUAGUUUAUUUAGUAUUUAUUUUUUAAUUCAAAAUGAUUCCUGGACGCCCACCAGUAACAGAAAAUCAUUUGGCUUUAUCAUGGCACGACAGUGCAUGGAUUCCAAUGUUGAAUCCAACAAAUAUAAUGGAUUAUUUCGCAGAACGAACUAAUCCGUUUUACGAUCGAACCUGUAAUAAUGAAUCCAUUAAAAUGCAACGGCUUGGUCCCGAGAAUUUAAAAAAUUUAACGGGAAUCGAGUAUAUUCUUUUACACGUGCAGGAACCAAUUUUAUAUGUUAUUAGAAAGCAACAUCGACAUUCACCAAAUCCAACUGAUGCAACUCCAUUAGCUGAUUAUUAUAUUAUUGCCGGUGUUGUUUAUCAGGCACCUGAUUUAUCCUCAGUUAUUAAUUCCCGAUUGUUGACGACAAUUCAUCAUUUACAAAGUGCAUUCGAUGAAGUUAGUUCCUGUUCGCGAUAUCAUCCGAGUAAGGGUUAUUCGUGGGAUUUUAAAAAUGGAAAAACCGUCACUCAAAAAAAAGAAACAGUUGUGAGAGAAGAACCAAGUUCUUUAUUUCAACGGCAGAGAGUUGAUAUGUUAUUGGCUGAAUUGACAAGAAAAUUUCCAAUUCCCGUUCCAAAACCAAUUCAACCCGCAAUUGAACCUCCUGUCGAAGUAAAGCAGGAGGUAAAAACUGAAAAGAAAGACAUGAAACCACCACCGGAGAAGAAGCCAAGGAUUAGUUAGUGAAUAAUAACAAUAAUAAUUAAAUAUUACAUGCAGCUUUAAUCAACAAGUGUGUGAGUGUUUUGUGUAAAUAUUUUUUUUAAUUUUUAAUUUAUUUUUUUUUCCCCCACUAUUUUCUGUGAGAAUAUAAGAUUUUUUUCUGUC